UCGCAGCUCGCAGGCGCGGACCGAAAAGCCACUGAGCGGAGUGACGCGACCCCGGAGACAGGCACCUGGCAGUCUGGAGCCAAUUAGGCGGCAUCAGACAAAUUCUAGGUCACGGCCAAUGCUCCGUCCCAGUGUGGUACUCACUGAGGCAGGGCUGCCUGUGCCUGGCGUGCAACACGGGCAGUGCGUCACAACCUGGAAGUUGUUUUGAAGGCAACUCUCGGCCUCCAACACGCCAGAAAUUACCUUCUCCACCUGAUUUUCCCAAUCGCUCCGCAUCUGCCUUGCUGCUUGGGCUGGCACCACAGCAACCUUGAAGUGCCGAACGGCCCAGCAGUGACCGCUCUUUGUUGGACCCCAACGGGCAUGGAUUAUGGGCAAUGGAGCCACACAGAGCGGUAGUUCUCCGCUGCUCAGUCACGCUUCCAUGCCGUCCCUUCCUCCCGGUUUGGCCCCCACGCUUUGCCCAGCGCUUCCAAGAAACUUGAGCACUCCAUAGCAACCUCGAAUCGCCUGCUUGCUUGGCCAACGUCGCCAACAUCACCAGUAAUCCCAACAUGUUCCGCGCCCAGCUGUCGCAGUUCUUCCCGCCGAAGCCCUCCUUCACCGAGGCCGAUGUCGCCCCGCAAGCCGGCCGCGUGUUCCUCGUGACGGGCGGCGCGUCGGGCAUCGGCCUCGCGCUCGCCGAGGUGCUGUACCGCAAGGGCGGCCGCGUCUACAUCGCCGGCCGGUCCGAGGAGAAGGCGCAGCAAGCCAUCCAGGCGAUCCAGCGCGCCGUGCCCUCGUCGCCCGGCGGCAGCCUCGAGUUCCUGUACGUCGACCUCGCCGACCUCGGCACCAUCAAGCCGGCGGUCGAGGCCUUCAAGGCCCGGGAGUCGCGCCUGGACGUGCUGUGGAACAACGCGGGCGUGUCGCAGCCGCCGGCCGGCAGCGUCUCGAAGCAGGGCACCGAGCUGCAGCUCGCCACCAACUGCCUCGGCCCGUUCCUGCUGACCGAGCUGCUGCUGCCGCUGCUGGAGGCCACCGCCGCGCGGGCCGCGCCCGCCUCGGUCCGCGUCGUCUGGACCAGCAGCCAGAUGAUGGAGCUGUCCACGCCGCCCGGCGCGCUCGUCAUGGCCGAGCUGCACGCCCCGCCCGCCGACACCACCCGCAACUACGUCAACUCCAAGGUGGGCAACUACCUGCUCUCGGCCGAGCUCGCGCGCCGCCAGCAGUCCGCAUCCUCCGCGUCUGCAUCCGCGUCGCCCGUCAUCAGCGUGUCCACCAACCCGGGCGCCGCCUCGACCAACCUGUUCCGCCACACGCCCGCGCUCAAGUACCUGGCCUGGCCGCUGAUGCACCCGCCGCGGCUGGCCGCGCUGACGCAGCUGUACGCGGGCCUGUCGGCGGACAUCUCGGCGGACAGGAACGGCGCGUACGUGGUGCCGUGGGGCCGGCUCGCCGCGUUCCUCGGGCAGGACUUGCUCGACGCCGCGAGGCGCAAGGAGGACGGCGGGACCGGCAGGGCGGCUGAGUUCUGGGACUUUUGCGUCGAGAAGACGCAGGGCUUUCGGUGAGGCUGGCGGCGGGCUGACAGCAAGGUCGUUGCGGGUUCGGAUGUAUGAACGUUGGCUUUUCAUAGAGUCGUCUCAUCAUGAGUUACGAUUUUGGUGUGGAUCGGUUCUGCAUUUGCUUUCGCAGUUGAGGUAGCCCGUGUGGACUUGUAAUACUCAACUUGCACAGAUGAGCAGGUUGGUAACUCGGGGUUAAGUACUGGUCAGUCCACAUAUUCAUUCCCCCGUGGCCGUCCGCAUGCUU